AUGACGUUGGCCGAUGGAAGAGAGCUAUACUUUGCUACCUCCAACGGCGCGAAUCUCCUCGUCAGAAAACAAGUCCGUGGGCAAUGGGCUGAGAUAUCGAUAAGUGAAUACAAGGACCAUAUGAUUAGUCGACCAGAUCAGAUUAUUGGAGAUAUUGCGUACAACCUGCCCCGCCACAUAUCGCUUGCGAUAAGCUUCACCAACCACUUAUACGCGUGGCGAGAGCAAGUCUCCCAAGCCUACAGCGACAGCCCCACUGCUCGGAGACUUACCCUAGAGGCUCGGUAUGUGUGGGCCUCCGUGGGAAUUUCGGCAACCUCUGUGCUGUUGGCGAUCAUCUGUACGUUGUUAAGGCAGCAAGUCGAUAUCAAGCCUGACCUCACGAGCUUCCGAGGGUUAUUGUCUGUCGCACAGGGGGAUGUGGCUGGGUAUGGAAACAACUCGGGAAAAGUUGAUUCUACUCUUAGCAUUGUUCAAGGGGUAGACUGUGUAAAACUUUCUCUCUUCCCUGGCCCCGACGAGACGGCAGCGAACAUUCAACACGGAGAGAGGUUGAACGCCGCUUGCAGCUGA